AUGAAAUUUCUUACAACUCUUAUUGGACUAAUAUCUUAUUUUAUAUGUAUAUAUACCGAUAGUAGAAUGAAUGAUAAUCAUCAUGCCUGGUUUUCCGAACCAGAUCAUUCAAAAAUUCAUGUAUUUAAAAAAUGGUUACAAAAUAAACUUAAUAAACCAGCUCACGAUCUAUCACCAUUACAUCUUUUACAUCCACAACAUCAAUUUAAAGGAUGCAUCGAUCCAAGUGAACCAUUUCAAUGUCCACAAAGUGAGAAAUGUAUUGCAUUACAAUUCAUUUGUGAUGGUCAUCCAGGUGAUUGUCCGGGUAAUCUUGACGAAAAUGAAGAAACAUGUAUAGCAGCAAAACGUCCCGCCAAAGAAAAUAUUGAAAAAUUUUUACAAGCCGAAUAUGCUCUUCAUGGUACACAAUUAUUUACAUUUUUAUUUGGUCACAAAUUAAGUCAAAGUAUUGAAGAAAAUAAAUCAUUCUGGUUUGAUACACUGGCAUCAGCAUUUUCAGUUGCAAAAACGAUACAAAAUUUUGCUGAAAAAACUGGCAUGUCAAUGAAUGAUCUUAAUCACUUUCAAAAUGUUAUGGUAAUGAUACACGAUGGACGUUUAGAAGAAAUUCCACUAUUUGCACAAGAAGCUGUUACACAAGGUUUAGCAUCACUCGUCCAAAAACUAUAUGAAUCAGGCUUUAUGGAUCAAUGA